AAAAAUGUUAAGGGAGGCAUAAUCCCGUGCCUGGUAUACAUUUCUGUAUAUGCAGCGUAGCAGAUGUACAAGUAAAGUAUAAAAAAAAUCCACCCGACCAUCACCGCCACCACCACCACCACCGGCGCCUCCGCAACCAACCCACUCUCUCAAUCAUCACUUACGAUCUGCUCCGCUGCUCUCCGCCGCCGUCGAAAUGGAGAACAUCUUUUCACAGCUCCCACAAGAUAUAAUUCACCAGAUCUUCUCCCGAAUCUCUCUUCAGCAAGUCAUCGUCUGCCGCUCCGUUUCCAAGAUCCUUAACACCACACUUUCAUCCCCUUCCUUCACGCAUCUCCUUGCCACCACUUCCCCUUUCCCUCUACUCGCCCUCCGCCCUCCCCAUCGCUACCACCACCUCUCUCCGUCCCCCGUCCUCCACCUCUUCGAUCCAACCGAAAGUAAAUGGCUUCAUUUCUCGCUCUCCUUCCUCCCUUUCCCCUCUGCACAUCCAAUCGCAUCGGCCUCCUCUCUGGGCCUCUUAUACCUCUGGGCCGAUUCCCCUUCCCCCGAUUCCAAUAAAUCGCUUGUCGUUUGCAACCCGUUAACUCGACAAUACAAAACCCUCCCGCAACUCGGUUCGGCGUGGUCGCGACACGGUUCCGUUCUGGUCGACUCAGUCAACAAUCGAGUCAUCGUUCUUAACGAACUCGCUGCUCUCUACUAUUCAAACUCAACCGAUUCAUGGCUCAAAUUCUCUUCCAACUUACCAUCAAAACCCAGAAGUCCGAUCCUCGUUAACGACUCGAUUAUCGCUUUAUGCGACGUCGGAUCUCCAUGGCGAAGUCAGUGGAAGCUUUUUACCUCUACGAUUCAAAAUCUUCAAACAUCUCAACCAUGGAAUACCCUUGAAAAAUACGAAUGGGGGGAUGUGUUUGACAUCCUGAAACGACCCCGCUUGUUGAAAGGAUUUGGGAAUAUGAUCUUGAUGAUUGGCGGAUUGAAGUCGUCCUUUUCACUCAAUGCUUCAUGUUCCACUAUUCUGAUUUUGAAAUUGGAUUUGUGUACAUUGGAAUGGGGUGAAGCUGGGAGAAUGCCUCUUGAAAUGUUCAGAUGUUUUCAAGAAUCAAGCAAGUUUAAGGUGUUCGGAGGUGGGAAUAAGGUUUGUUUUUCUGCAAAAAGGGUUGGGCGAUUGGCUUUGUGGGAAUCAAACGAGAAAGGGAAGGAGGAAUGGAGGUGGAUUGAUGGUGUUCCAGGCAAUGGUGAUGGGUUGUAUCGUGGCUUCUUGUUUGAUGCUAGGCUUGAUGCUUCACCUUAAAUCUUAAUGGAGGUCUGCAAUUUCCCUUUUUGCAUUACUUCAAACUUUUUCGACAUUAUUGACAUUGCAGUUCAAUAAUAUUAUGAUUAUCUA